AUUACCAACACAGAGCUAACACUUUUUUUUUUAAAUCUCUCAAAACAGAAUGCAUGAAAAGGCUUUUGAAAUAGAACUGCUCACUUUUUGCUGCAUACACCACUAUAGCUGCAAACCAAAGCAAAGAUAGUGUGUGAAGAGAUUUUCAGUGAUCUGUGCAUACUCUUGCUACUCUGGGAUGGUCUGUCCUUCCUCUAGCUUACCCAGGACGUAGUUUCAGAAUUUCUUGUUCAACCUCCUGUAAGCAAUAUUCACAAUCACUGGCCAGUUCUUGGAGGAGAUGGUGGACACCAGCAUUACACAGGAAAUGGAGUGCAAGAUCUGCUACAAUUUCUACAACCUGUGGGACAGGAGGCCCAAGGUCCUGGAGUGCUGUCAUCGGAUGUGCAGCAAGUGUCUGUACAAGAUCAUCGACCUUGGGGAAUCCCCACAGAAUGACAUCAUCUGCCCUUUUUGUCGCUAUGAGACCAGUCUGCCAGAUAAAGCAGGGAAUAGUCUUCCCGACGACCACAAUAUUGUGGCUGCCCUGAGCCUUGGAGUGAGGACCAAGAGGUAUUUGCAAGAGAACUCGGCUGAACUGCUGCUGAGCCCAAAGAGAUCGACUUCCUUUGUGAACUCUUCACACAGCUCUUCAAACUGUCUGGUCAUUACCAUCAUAGAGGUCCAAAGGGAGGCUACCCCUGCUGUGGGGGUUUACAGACCCUCUAGUUUCAACACUAAUGCUACAGCGUCUGGCUGGUGGACCGUGUGGAACUGCGCUUCUGUGCUCUGCCAGACAUUGGCAUGGAUACUUGUUUGGUUACUGGGUCUGUUAUAUGUAAGCUCCUUGCCUCUUGGGAUUUACUUGCUGAUGAAUCAGAAAAUAACUUUGGGGAUCAUAUUUGUCAGCGUAGUCCCAUCUAGCAUUGUCAUAGUCAUGGUAUAUAGGUUCUGUCAAUGGUUGUGCUAUGAAUUUCUGAACUGCAUAUCUACAUGAUAAACAACAUACUGGGGUCUAUUGUCAUGAUCUAAACAGAGAUGGAUAUAAAUAUUGCCACUUUAUAUUAAGCCAUCUUCUAAAGUACUUUGAGUUUUAGAAGUUGUUGGUAGAUAGGUGCAUCUGAUAUAAAAUGUAUAGCAAAUUACAGUGGAAAUGUACCUUGGUAAACUUUGAGGUAGGGUCUUUAAGAUAAAAUUGUAUGCAGUUCAUUUUUAGAAAUAAUUUGUGAAAAUAUACAAAUAUGUUCUGGGUGAAUGUAUUUAAACAGUGAGACCUAACUAAGCAGAACAACUUUGAAGGUAAAAAAAUUACACAAAACAGCCUUACUGAUCAGUAAACACUGUUACCAUACAGGGUACAGAACUAACCUUUGUUUUUGCAAGGUGCUACAACCUGUUAUCCAGGAUAAGCAAGGUGAGACUUAACGUUUAGAUGUGUUCUCUUUUUUGGUUUAUAUGAUUUAGAUCUUUCUGAUUUGUUACUAUUCAGUUACAUGUACACAUACAGUAUAUCACUUAUUAGUUAAAGAUAGCUUUAGCACACAAAUACAAAAAAUAGCAUCUACUUUUUAGUAUUAAAAUGUUUAUUUUUGAUCAAGACAAUUAUUAUUUUUAGUAUUAGUGGGCAAAUGGAGAAUUAAUUUAGGUGAUUCAAUGUAAAUAACAACUUGAUGCUAUUUUAUCUGUGCAAUGUCAUGAUACAUCAAUAGCAGUUAAUAUUGUGUGCACAAAGAAACUGAAUGACAUUUUACUGUAAAACAGUAAAGUAAUUUUGAUCUUCCAGAUUCAUAAUCCAAUGUUUGUGUUUUUUGUCAGCAGUGCCCAGUCCACUAGUACCUAACUUGGAUAGUGUUGUCAAACUAUGUCUUAGCUUGAGUGUGCUUUCAAGCAAGCCGAAUGCACAUAUUUACCAAUAAUUAGCACAGAAGAUCUUAUGCUUCCAAUGCUGCAGAGGCAUUGCUAUUAUUUGCUUCUAAGCUGAAACAAAACACCUUAUUUUUUAAGGUCCCCAAAAACUAAUUCAAUGGAGCUCAUUGGGCUCCAUUAUGAAGCAAGUUCAAAAGACACAUUUUCUAAGAAAUAAAAAUAUUGUAAUGGGACUGAACCAAAAAGAAACAGUUUUGUAACUAUAGUUACUAGAGAACAGUUGAAUAAUUAUAAUUACUAGCUGGUUACAGAUUUUACAGUAAAGGGACCAAUGCCAAACUCUUAUUUUGUAUGCAAAAAAAUGGUCAUAUUACAUUCCUGUACUCUGUAUUACCUGAUGUGAAAAUACAAAUACUGAAAACCAGUCUCUAUUUCUAUAUUCUGCAUUUGCCAUGUCUGUAGUAAUAUGACAAAGUUGAAAAAUGUCCCACACCUACAUUCUACCCAACUGUUAGUUGUAAUACUGUUUGUAUACAAUUUUUUGCCAUCCAUUCCUUUCACAAAUUUCUUCAAAAACAGAUUUAUCAGAUCUGUUAUUUUACCUAUCCUGAGACCG